AUGCAAGUUCAACCACCAUUGUUGGAGAAAGAGAUCACCAUGUUGUUUAUCAACACUCUGAAGGCUCCAUUCAUUACUUAUAUGAUUGGAAGCACUACCAAAAGUUUUGCGGACAUAGUCAUGGCGGGAGAGAUGAUUGAGAAUGCCAUAAGAGGUGGAAAAAUUGAGGGGGAAGCGGCUAAAAGAUCGGCCAUAAGGAGAAAAGACAAUGAGGUGAACAACAUAAGUAACUUCAACUCGAAGGAAAUUACAGUUGGUCAACCCAAAGUAGCUGCGGUUGGGCAACAGGGUUCUCAAAUGCAGGAAUCGGGCACAAGGCACGAGAGGAUGCAAUUCAUACCUAUCCCUGUGACGUAUCGUGAGCUUUAUCAAAGUUUAUACGAUGUACAUGCUAUUGCUUCUUUCCACUUAAAACCAUUACAGCCUCCAUAUCCUAAAUGGUAUAAUGCAAAAGCCAGAUGUGAGUACCACGCUGGAAUAUCGGGGCACUCAAUUGAAAAUUGUACCGGAUUCAAGAAGGCCGUGGAGAGGUUGAUCAAGAUGGGGGUUGUAAAAUUCGAUAGUACCCCAAAUACUGAAAACCCUUUGCCAAAUCAUGACAUUCAAGGAGUAAAUGCCAUUGGCGAAGCUAGUGAGAGAAGGAUGAAGAAAAAUGUUGCUGAGGUGAGGAUGCCUAUGAAGGUGAUUUGGGAAGAGAUGAUGAAGAGAGGGAUGAUAAUCUCUAGGAGAGAAAGAGAAAAAAUGGGGAACUACUGUGAGCUCCAUGGAGAAGAGGGUCAUGAGACCCAAAAUUGUGAAGAAUUCAGAGCCUUGGUGCAAGGCUUUAUCGAUAAUAAAGAGCUACAAAUUUUUGAAGGUAGCUCUUAUAAAAGAGAAAUAAGUAUGCUAAAAGGUGAACAAAAAGGAACCAGCCGGCCGAGGAUCAUUAUCUCCCUGCCAAGGAAUAACGAAGUGGGGACACCAGCAGUGCCCAAGGUCAUUAUCCAUAAACCUACUCAUUUCCCUUACAAGGAUAGCAAUAGAGUACCAUGGAGUUAUGACUGUAGUGUGACAGUGUCGGAAGAAGAAAAUAUAGCCAGUGCAUCUAAAGACGUACAAGUUGAAGGUUCCCACACGCGGAGUGGGAAGCGUUAUGAUACGAAGGGCAUCAGAGUGGAGCCCACAAAAACAAAAGGUGUCGAGGUUGAGAAGGAGAAAGAGACCGAAUUACCCAUCAAUGAGCCAGUAAAGAGGGAGGAGGCUAAGGAAUUUCUAAAGGAGGCGUUGAUGAAGGUACUUAACGAAACAUAUGUCACCCAUGACAUAACCGUUAAUAAGCUAGACCGAUUGGUGAACAACAUUAGCGCGGAUAAUUUCAUUUACUUUAAUGAUGAUGAAAUCCCAUCGGGGGCAGGGGGUCAACUAAAGCCUUGCACAUCACAACUCGAUGCAAGGGGUACACACUCCCAAGCGUCGGGAGCAGUACCCUCGUCGUUGCACCAGAAAUUGAAAUUAGUGACCGAUGGACGGUUAAUAACCAUCAAUGCGGAGAAGGACAUUAUAGCCGCAGUCACUAGCAAAGCCCCUUAUGUGGAGACGAAUGAAGAGUCUAUUGAGUGCUCCUUCCGCUUUUUAAAAUUUGUGAAUGCAACUUUCAUUUUGGAGGGGAGCAAGCUACUGGUGUCAAAGAUAGCAAAAGCUACGAGAAUGGCUCUAUGA